UGGUGCCACAAUAAAGAGCAGGACCCGGUACGGUGUUCAGUUUCUGACAUACUGACCUUCCUGCAAGAAUUACUAAACAAGGGAUGCUCUCUGUCUACCUUAAAAGUAUAUGUGGCUGCUAUAUCCUGUUGGCAUGUGGGGUUUAAUGGCUGUUCAGUGGGCYGGGACAAAGACAUUAGGCGCCUGCAUCCACCAAGCCRGYCYGUGGCACCAGCUUGGGACCUUUCAUUGGUGCUUGAGGCCCUCAGGUCRCCCCCAUUUGAACCUCUAAUGGCGGUGGACCUCAAAUGGCUUUCAUUAAAGACAGCCUUCCUCUUGGCUAUGGCUUCUGCAAAACGCUUGGGCGAAUUGCAGGCUCUAUCUGUAGCCGAGCCACGCUGUCGGUGGAGCUCUGACGGCUCAGGUGUGACACUGUGGCCUGAUGUCUCUUUUGUCCCUAAGGUGGCAUCAGCGACAGGCGGUACACAGCCGCUUCAGCUCGCCCGUUUUAACUCUGGGACCCCCUCGGAGCCUCUGUGCCUCGUUCGUGCUCUGGUGGCGUAUGUCAGAUCCACAGCACCUUUCCGAAAGACAAAUAACCUUUUUGUCUGUUAUGCAGACCCUCGGAAAGGGCAGGCCCUUUCUAAGCAGCGACUCUCGCACUGGGUCGUGGGGCUAAU